AAAAAAAAAAAAAAACAAAAACGUCAAACGAAAAUGUCAUCGUGAUUGUUCUUUUCCCCCGUUUUUCGGACCAAAAUAUUUUCUUCUGCUUUCAUUCAGAAUUCCUACAUGCUGCCUACUAAACCAGCUGUAGUAAAUGUGGGGUCUUAAGGACAUCAUCAUCAAAAUUUUUAUUGCAACCAACAAAAUUCUACAAAAUUAAAAAAAAAAAAGACAAAAAUUUAAGAUUUAAUGCAGCUAAAAAUCCAUCCAAAUAAAAACAAAAACAAAAAUCAAACCAAUCCAAUUUAGUGUAAUUAAUAAAAUGAAAUGAAAUUUUCCUGGCUCAGCGAUAGUGGAUCCGGUGGAAGUAGUUUAAGCAGUAGCACAACAGAUCUGGGCACACUUCUGAACGAUUUUUCUAUCAAGUCAAUUUAUUCGUUUGUUUUAGCUACAUCAACAGAAGCCCUGGAGCACAUUAUCUACCUUAUUUUGGUGUACUUGUUAGUAUGCCUGUCAUUAUACAAAUUAACAUUUCUCGAGACUGGCAGUCGUUUCUUGCGAUUGUUGAAAGUCGUCAAAAGUAUUCGUUUGCCUAGCCAACCGAGUGGCAAUAAACGUGUGCUGUUUGUCACCUCACAUCCAGAUGAUGAAUGCAUGUUCUUUGGGCCACUUAUUUUAGCCUUAACCAAACGCUUGGACUGCCAACCUUAUGUUCUCUGUUUGUCCAAUGGUAAUUUUGAGAAACUAGGCAAUGUGAGACGUGAUGAGUUAUGGAGUUCAUGUCAACUGCUUGGUAUUCCUGCUUCAAAUGUUAUUCUUGUGAAUGCAACUCAUUUGCAAGAUGAUCCAAAUAUCGAAUGGAAAACUGAAUCGAUAGCUGCUUUAGUCUUGAAUACCGUUGAGAGUCUUGAUAUUCAAGCGAUAUUCACAUUUGAUCGGGAUGGAGUUAGUCACCAUCCCAAUCAUUGUGCCGUGUAUUAUGCUACGGCCUCAUUAUGUUUAGCAAAUUUAUUACCCAAAGAUUGUAAAUUUUACACCCUUGACUCUGUAAAUAUUUUAAGAAAAUAUUUAUCUAUUUUUGAUUUACUAUGUACAUGCUUAAUGUCGACACACUGGUGCAUUUUAAGCUGGAAGGAAGCAUCAAUUAUUCGUCACGCUAUGCGAGAACAUUAUUCACAAAUGAAAUGGUUCCGGUGGCUUUAUAUUUAUUUUUCUCGUUAUAUGUUUAUAAAUUCUUUACGUGAGGUUAAUUUAUCAGAUGUUGAACUUGAAAUGCAAAUUCAUGAAAACUAAAAGUUAAAGAACAAAAACAAAAAAAAAAGAAUGAGUUGAGCUUUAAAACAAAAUAUAUAUAUUUUAUUUCUUUUUAAUCCUGUGUUGUUGCCAUCGUUUACAAUUUAAUUUAAUUUAUUUCUCAAAUGUUUUAUUAGAUAAAUAAAUAU